CGGAGCGCGGAGCGGGGGCCGCGGCCGCCGUGUGGAGGAGGCUGAGCUGGUGGGUGGGGCGGGGAGGGACCAGCCGCCGCGGUGACAAGGUGCCAGCGGAGCGGAGGGGCCGCCGCUAGUGCUCUGCCGUCCUCGCCGCCGCCCUCACGCCCGGAGAAGUUUGACUCGGGAGCAGCGCAGCCGCCCGGGCCGGCGCGGCGGGGCAGGGAGCCGCGGCGGGAGUCGCCGCACCCGGGGCCGCAGCGGGACGGGGGUCGCCUCCAGCGGGAGGCGGCGGGGGGAAGCCGGCGGCGGCAGCGGCGCUCCGGGAGCCGCCCCGCCCGCGCCAUGGCAGCCCGGUCCCGGAGACCCUGGCUGAGCGUGGUGCUGGGGCUGGUGCUGGGUUUCACCGCCGCCUCCUGGCUCAUCGCCCCGAAAGUGGCCGAGCUGAGCGAAAAGAAGAGGCGCGGCUCCAGCCUCUGCUCCUACUACGGCCGCUCGGCGGGGCCGGGGGCGGCCGGGGGCGCGGCGGUGCCGGGCGGGCAGCAGGCGCCGCCGGAGGCAGCGGCGGUGCUGGGCGGCACGAGUUUCAGGAGCAGCCCCUGGGAGCUGCCGCCGCCGCCGGCGGAGGGCAUGGUGUCCAGCCCCGCCGCCGGCGGGGAAGGGGAGCCGGAGGAGGAGGAGGAAGGCGGCGAGAAGCGGAGCGGCCGGCCCGGCGGCAGCCACAACGGGAGCGGGGACUGGGGGGGCGCCCCGGGCUACGCCAAGCCCCGCAACUUCCUCUACGUGGGGGUGAUGACGGCCCAGAAGUACCUGGGCAGCCGGGCGGUGGCGGCGCAGCGGACGUGGGCGCCCUCGGUGCCGGGCCGCGUGGAGUUCUUCUCCAGCCAGGGCUCCGCCGCGCCCCCCGGGCUGCCCCGGCUGCCCGUCGUCGCCCUGCCCGGCGUGGACGACUCCUACCCGCCGCAGAAGAAGUCUUUCAUGAUGAUCAAGUACAUGCACGACCGCUACCUGGACAAGUACGAAUGGUUCAUGCGGGCGGACGACGACGUCUACAUUAAAGGUGACCGGGGCGCGCCCCGCCGCCGGGAGGGAGGGAGCGGAGCGAUGGCCUGGCGGCCCGGCGGGGUCCCGCGGGGGGUGGGGAGAGUCGGUUCCCGCCCGGUGGCGGAGCGCAAGGGGUACCUCGGCCCACCCACCGCCCCGGCGGAGUUUGCUUCCAGCCACCGUGUGCGGGCCGUGGGGUGCUGUCCCGGCGCUGAGGUGCCGGUGGGAACCUCGAGGUGCCCCCGCGGGGCCGGGCCGGGCCGGGCCGGGCCGUCCUUGGGGAGGCCGCGGUGCCGGGGCGCGUUGGAGGGCUGAGGCGGGGGGUUGGACCGCGGCGGGCGCGGUGAGCGGUCCUGGCGUGGGAUCUCGGUGCUGCGGCCCCCGCGCUUGCUGCGGCGCGGCUCUCCGGGCGAGGCU